UAACACGAUUUUCCUAUACAAGUCUUAACUAACAAGCUCUUAUUUGAAAUUUUAUUUCGCGCCGCCUUUUUUAUCUACCAUUCAAAGUUAAUGACAUUAUCAUUGCUACUUUACACGCAUUUAAAUCCUCGGGUGAUGACCAACAGACGUACCCAGAAAAGUGUGACAAUAAGGCUUCGUUUAAAGACUUUGAUAAGCUUAGUGUGGCAUUGACGUUUAUUGUUAUAUAUCUACAGACACUCUGUGUACUCGGGAGUUAGCACGCUCCCGAGAGAGCCUUCAGUUCUGAUCAUAGUCCCGACGACAAUUAAGGGUAGUUCCCGCGCAACCGUCCAGUAGCAAGUGUCCGCUCGCUCGUGUUACGUCGUAACUCCGACUUCUUUCGUGUGCUUUAUAUAUGUAGCUGGACUAGUAAUACCAGCUGUAGAAUAGUAGUAGUGAUAGUAGUUGUCCCCACGGGAAAUCAAUCGUAAGUACAUGUGGCUCAAGGACUUUUCAAUCAUCAUAACAAAGUGACAGACGAAGAUCAUCAGUGCUUAUAAAACGUGUGUUUGUUGUCAUUGUUACGUUGUUUUUAUUGUCAUCGCAAUUAUUUUGUUUUCCUUGUCUUGAUUCGAUAAAGACGGUCAUCCCCAAUAAGGGUUUGACAUACGACUGGCGGUUGUCACUGUUGAUACUAUCGGCUGUCAGCAGACUAACUGGGUUAGGGUUUGACGAAAGCCACGAACAUAAACCGGACAAGAAAAGCCUGGUCAGUGUGCGGUUGGUGGGCUGACAGAAAUGUCGCCGUGACAUGUUACCCUGCAGCCACUUUUGGCGUGACUGCACCCUCUUCGCGGAAGAGUCACGACCUGUCAUUCACCAUCAUCAUCUUGGACUCCAAUUAAACAACCCGGGGUAUCGUCUGCUGCCGACGGUAUCAUUGAAACCGAGCGGUAGCGCCGGAUCGCUGCCCUAUGUUUUAUGGUGGAGAGCGCCUGGACCGGUUCAUCAGGUCCAAGUCCCGAUCCAUCAUUACCAGCUCGAGCAGCACCAGCAUCAUCCCCAGCAGUCACAAAGUCACCAAAGUCAACAUCAAUCACCGCAUCAUCAGCCAUUCAGUCAAAUCCCCCAGAACUAUCACCCACGACAGUUUCACCAAAACCGAAGACGUCAACUGCCAGCACGUCGUUAUCGUUCGGAUCCCCGUGACACCUUUGACAGCUACGACAACCGAAAUCUUGUUCUACGGGCGAGAUCAUCCUUCGCAGCCCGUGGCCUCGAGGGACGCCCGCAAGCUCUACUCCGUGGAAUGGAAACGAGGCUGAGCCGUAUCACGAGCAAAAAUGAAGACACGAGGUAUAAAUCAACUCGUUGCGUGAACGGUGGCGGGAGCCGCGGAUCCGGGGGGACCGGCCCGACGACUGGCGCGACCGGAGGCACCAACGGACUCGUGGGAGAUCUCAGUGUCUUAGGAACACGAGGACCUAGCUACGGCGGGGCAGGAAGUGUCGUAGUUGGAGGAGGUGGUGUAGUAGGAGGUGGCAGCCCCAGACGGGUUGCUGGUCAAGAAGGUGGAGUACCUUUGUCCACCGGACACCAUCAUCACAAUAAUAUUGGGACGAGACCCUAUCGGCAGAAGCUAUCGACGGGCUGCGUUGAGGUCCGUCAUCAUAACCACCACCAUCGGCACCACCCACACUAUCGCGCCCACCAUAGGGGCAUGACCAUGGGCCAAAAGUUAUCAGGUGGCGUGAAGAGCGUGACGCGCGAAAGCGGAGCCGGAGCAGGCGGCGGCGUUGGUAUCGGGGGUGGAGUUGCACUAGCGUACAAACCCGUGGUACCACGAGAAAUAGCACAAGAUUUUUCACGACCAACUAGACUCGAUGUAUUACUUGACAUGCCAUCAGCUACCAAGGACACACAAGUCCACCAUGGGUGGAACGCUGAGGACAGAAGUCUCAACAUAUUUGUCAAAGAGGACGACAAACUGACGUUCCACCGACACCCCGUUGCACAGAGCACGGACUGCAUACGAGGGAAGGUGGGGUACACUAAGGGGAUGCACGUCUGGGAGGUGCACUGGAGCACGAGACAACGAGGCACUCACGCGGUGGUGGGCGUCGCGACGGCCGAAGCGCCGCUACACAGUGUCGGGUAUCAGAGCCUAGUCGGCAACAACGCGCUCAGUUGGGGCUGGGAUCUCACUAGAAAUAGACUUUAUCAUGAUUCGAAAAACUCACAGGGUGAUGUCUACCCCUCGUUAUUGAAACCUGAUGAAACUUUUGUUGUACCAGAUAAAUUUUUGGUUGUCUUAGACAUGGAUGAAGGAACACUAGCCUUCGUAGUGGAUGGCCAGUAUCUAGGAGUAGCAUUUCGUAAUUUAAAAGGCCGCAAACUCUACCCUAUAGUAUCAGCAGUAUGGGGCCAUUGUGAAAUAACAAUGAAAUAUCUCGGCGGUCUUGAUCCCGAACCACUGCCACUAAUGGACCUGUGCCGGCGAGUGAUCCGCCAGCGAGUCGGCAAACACCGGCUGGAAAAAAUCCAGGAACUAAACCUUCCCCAAGCUAUGAAAACUUAUCUCCUCUACCGCGACAGGAGGUAACCAAUUGAAGCUGAGGGUAAAAUAGCCACACUAACCAGCCAAACGAGCCCAUCGUCAUCGUCAGCGAAACCGCCAGCAGCAGCAGCGACCGCGACCGCUGAAAAUCUAAAUCUAAAUCUAAACACUAACAGUAAAAAUAUAAAUAUAAAUAAAAAUGAUUUUAUUAUUUCGACUGCUACUAAACCGCAUCGUCGCAACAAAAAUCAGGACCUCGGUCUCAUGCCCACAAGUAACCGCGUGUCUCAUAUAUUUAUUGAAAAAAUAAAUAAUUGUUCUAUUGAAGUUUAUAAAUUGAUAGAAGUGUGCGAAUUAUUUGAAAUUAUUUUUUAGUAGACCGGAUAUUAAUAUUCGAUUUUAAAUUCAAAUUAUUUAUAAAAAAUUCGAAUUAUUUGUAAAUUUUUUAAGACUUCAAUUUAAUGAUAAAUUUUCAAAAAAAAUUUUGUAAUUUAUCACGUCAGAAUAAAAUUUAAUAUUCAAAAUUAGAACUGAAUAAAUGGAGUCUAAUAUAAAAAUUUUGAAAAUUGAAUUAAAAAAUAAUUCAAAAUUUCAAAUUUGUAAUCGAAUAAUUAAUAUUCGAUUUUAAAUUCAAAUUAUUUGUAAAAAUUUGAAUAUUUUGUGAAUUUUCGAAUUAUGUAUAAAAUUUCAAAUUAUUUGUAAAUUUUUUAAGACUUCAAUUUAUUGAUAAAUUUUCAAAAAAAAUUUUGUAAUUUAUCACGUCAGAAUAAGAUUUAAUAUUCGAAAUUAGAACUGAAUAAUUGGAGUCUGAUCGAAUAAUUGGAGGAUUAAAUUUAAAAAAAAUUCAAAAUUUCAAAUUUGUAAUCGAAUAAUUAAUGUUCGAUUUUAAAUUCAAACUUGUAAAAAUUUGAAUAUUUUGUUAAUUUUCGAAUACUUCAAUUUAUUGAUAAAUUUUCAAAAAAAAUUUUGAAAUUUAUCAGAUGUUGAAAUUAAAUUAAAUAUUCGAAAUGAGAACUGGAAAUUGAAGUCUGAUCGAAUAAUUUGAAGAUGAAAUUUAAAAAUAAUUCAAAAUUUCAAAUUUGUAAUCGAAUAAUUAAUAUUCUAUUUGAUUAGUAUUCGCACAUCUUCUAUAAAAAAAUUAAUUACGUCAUUAAUCUCAAUAAAUAAUUAAAAAAAUACAAGAACCAUAAUUAUUAAUGAUAAAAAAUCCGCAGAGUCGGUAAAUUAAUAAAUAAAUAAAUAAAUAAAUUAUAGAAAAUUAUUAGAUAAUUAUUUGUUAUUUUUAUGUUAUCGAUAUUUGAUUACCAGUACCAGAUUUUUUUAAUUAAUUGUUAGUAACAAUGGUCGAAAAUAAUAAUUAUUAUUUCCAAGUAUUUAAUUUGAAAAAUAAUUAUCUACGUGAUAAAAAUAAGUGUGAUUUUGUUUUAUUAUUUUUUUCUAUUAAUUAUAAAUAAAUAAUCAUCAUAAUUAAGUAAAUUAAUUAAUUAAAUAAUUAACUAAAAAAAAGUAUGAGAAACCUGACCAGGAAAAUUAUUGAGAGACACGACGGAACCGAUUGUAAAAAAAUAAUCCACGAUUGGCCAGUAAAAAAAAUCUAGACUUAGUCGAGCCGUGGAUUAUUUUUAGCCUUCGCUAGCUAGCGCUAAAUAACCAAUUAAGUAACAAAUAUAUUAACAAAACAUCAGGUGCAAGUCUAGUCCAGCGUUAAUGGGCAUAAUUUAUUAUUUUUCCUGUGGGCACAUUUUUUGCGUCGACAAAAAUUUAUUAUUUUUAAAUCAAGUGCAACGAGCGGUUUCUCGGUAUAUAUAUACAUAUAUAUAUACAUAUACAUAUAAAUAUAUAUAUUCAUACCCCUGAUUAAAAAUUCCAAUUGAAUCUGAAUGAAACUCAAUUGGAUUUUUAUCAGAUUCAAUUAGAAACCAACAGCCAAUCAGAAUUACUCGGGAGUGUCCAAGCAUUCAAUUAAAAUUUUCCAAUCAGAUUUAAUUAGAAAAUAAUUAAUUGAUUUUCUAAUUAAAUCCAAUAAAAAUUUUUUAAUCAGAAUCUAUCGGAAAAUAAUUUUUUUUUCGGAUUCAAUCGAAGUUUUUAAUCAGGAGUAUAAAUAUAUAUACAUAUAUAUAUAUUAUAUAUAAUUAUAAAUAUAGAUAAUGGACUAAAUAAUUGCGAGUGUGUAUAGUGAUUUAUUAAGAUUAUUAAUGAUUAAUUGAUUAUUAUUAUUAUUGAUUAAUUAAUUAAUUAUUGGUUAUUAAUUAUUGAUAAAUUGACGGAAGAACUUUAUAACUUCCAUAGACUCAAAAAAAUAUUUUCUAAGCAUGUUAGUUUUAAAUAUUGAUUAAUUCAUUUUAUAUAUAUAUGUAUAUGGUAUAUAUAUAUAUAUAUAUAUAUAUAUAUAUAUAUAUAUAUAUAUUAAUGGUGUGUAUGAGAUAAGAGGCAGGUUUAUUAAAUGAGUUUGAUGAUUAAGAUGAGGAUUAAAAACGAUUAGUAAGAUUAAGGUUCUUGUAUUUGAGCUAGUGUGCGGUUUAUGGUUAAAAAAAAAAAAUAAAUAAAUAAAAUUUGCUUUUUCUAUAAAGAAAAAAAUUAAGAAAGUAAUUUAAGCUUAUGAAUAAUUUUUCAUAAGCUUUUUAAUGCGUAUAUUGUAAUUACAAGUUAUAAUUAAUUAAUAAAUAAAAUAAAAUAAUUAAUUAAAAUUAGUCAUUUAAAUAAAUUGAUUUUUAUAUAAACGAUUGUUUAAAUACAAACAAGAGCUUUGUUUCGUAGGUUACGAUCCAGGAGAAAUUCAUUUCUUUGUUUCAAUUCAGCCGUAAUUACGAGUGUGAAUAUACCAGACAUCAGACAAAUUUAUAAUUAUAAGUAAAUAAUUAAAAAAAAAAUAUUUACAAAAAAUGCACUCAUUAAUUUCCAAAUUUUUGAACCGCAAUUUUUAAAAAUUUUAUUUUAUUAAUUAUUUGCUCUAUUAAUUUUUAAUUUAUCUAAUGUCUGAUACAUUCGCACUCACCCGUAAUUACUUUUCUUUUCUAACCUCAAUUUCUACAAACAAACAAAGUUCUAACCUCGUUUCGCACCCGGUCUAGACUUGAACAAUAAACAAGACUUUGUUUUUUAAUUUUCAUUUACAAAAAACAAUUAAUUACUUUUUACUGAGUAAUUAAAAAGUAAAACAAUCCUGCGCAAUACAGGUUGUCUUCCAAAUUGAACUUUGUUUCGAACUUUUUCAAUCGUUGAUUAACAAAACCAAUUAAACAAACAAACAAACAAACUAUAAAAAGUAAACAAACAAUUGAUUUUUUAAAAAAAUGAUCUCACAAACGAGUAGCCCGUCCCUGUAAAUACAAUUGCACACCCUCGUGUAUUUGUCUAAUUACCUUUCAGUUCGCCAUUAUAAAUAAAACAAACAAACAAACAAAAUAAUUUGUAUCUACAAACUAUAAGUAAAAAAUCUAAAUAAAAUAAUAAGUUAAUAAAAGAAAACAAUCACGAAUUGUAACCUCAAAUUCGUGGGUGUGCAUUACACUGAUUGUAUAGAAACAAAAUAAUAAAAAUAAAAAGUAAGACUCAUUAAUUAAAAUGAGAUGUAUUAAGAGAAAUAAUAUAUAAUCAUUUAUAUAUAAAUGAAUAAAAAAAUAUAUAUAAAUAUUAUUGUUUAUUUUUUCUCAGUUAUCCUCAUCUGGGUGUUCAGUGAAACAAAGCAAACAAAGUGAAACAAAGUAACACCGCCAAGCCUAAACAUCACACAGAGCACAUUUACUAGCGUAUUAAAUAAAUAAAUAAAUGAAUGAAUAACAUGAAGUUAAUUAAUAAAUAAAUGAAAAUAGACACGAUUAUUAACAUGAACGAGUACAUGUACAAAUAAAUAAUUUAUAAAUAAAUAAAGUGAUGAUUUAACUGGAGCACGAGCUAAUUAACUAACUAGUUAAUUACUAAUCCAAUAAAUAAUAAUUAUUAUUAUUUAUUGAUUAUUAAUUAAAAAUUGAUACUGAAGUUAGCUGACGUCUAAUAAUUUUUGGAUUUUUUUUAAACAAUAAAUUAAAAAAAAAAAAUAUUUGAAAAAAUUGCACCUGUAGUUUUUAAAAUUUUCUACAUGUGCAUUUUUUUAGUUUUUUUUUUGCGAUUUAUUUGGAUAAAAAAAAACAAAAAUUGUUAAUCGUCAGUCAACUUCAGGAUCAUUAAAAAUUUGAUUAUUAUUUGGAAAAAAAAAAAAAAAAAACUAUAAUAUGCAAACUUGGAUGGAAAAUAUAAAGCACUACUGUCUUGUAAUUAUGAUAA